AUGUGGAUAAAUAGACUGGUUAAACAUCCAUCCUACAGUGUUCUGAGGUUUUACACGAAGAGGCUCUGCACUGUAUCAGUGAAAUCGCUGCGUGAAUUUGGUGUACUGCCGAAUAGCACAAUAUGUCAUUCUGUCUAUCCCCGAAGAACGUAUGUAAUGGGUAGGGCUGUCAUAAAUGAUAUUUUAAUCAAAAAAUCCUAUUCAACUCACACGGUAUGUGCAAUUGAUCGAUCAAAAGAUGAAAAUAAUGGGAGCGCUUAUGACAAAUUCGAGGCAAAAGGUAUACCUAUAGAUGUUCACACAUUAAAACGAAUUAUCAGCUCGAGUGGAAUGGAUGAAUCCGAAUUUUCCAAGAGUAUAAGUUACUUAUUCGCGAAAACCGUGGACCCUGAACCGAAGGAUGUUCUGUCUUUAGAGGACCUGUCUUUUCUUUUGAGCAAACUAUACACACAACGGUUUCAAAUUAGGAGAAUCUGUAGAGACAUAAACGCUAAAUAUUCAGAAUUUUGGUUCAAACUUUUUUCCUUAUAUGCAGAAAAAGUUGAUGCCAAGAGAAACCAAGUUAACUUACGGAAUACGAAACUAGAUGCAUGUGAAAUAUUUGAUGCAAAUCUUAUGAUCAAGAACUUUAUAGAGCUCGGUCAAUUAGGUAAGGCUCAAAAAAUUUUAAGCUUUAUUCUUGAUAGAAAUCCUGAUAUAUUACUGUCUCCGAAAAAUGCAGAUAUUAGCACAAUAGUUCACUUUUUACAACUGCGUUGUGGCGCUUUGGCGCCUUAUUGGAAAAUACCAGAUAAUAGUGAGCAAAAACAAGGUUUUUUAAGAAAAAUGGUUCGACUAGGUGCGAAAAAUACGUCAAUUCGUCUUUCUUCUACUUACAAAGCCAUGGAUCACCAAACAUUAUUAAAGAUUGCUGAUCUUGCUCUGCAGGAGAAAAAGCUUUUGAAUUCCGAGGAUUUGUUGUCCACUUUAAUUCAAUCCUUUGGACACCUAGGCCAAACCCAAAUAUUGGAACGGUGUAUUGAACAUAUAUGGCAAAUAUCACCCCAAGAGUUUCCUAGUCACGUAGUAAUUAAGCACCGAGGGUGCUAUCCUAGUUCCAAAAUACUCGUUUCAAUCUUAGUGUCAUUCUACUUUAAUGACCACGAUCUUCACAGAGGCCUAAGUAUUUUGGAUUCAUUCAUAAAGCACUAUCCGGACGUGAAAUUGGAUGCGCUAUUUUGGAGAAGGCUGUUUCAGCUAAGUCAUUUUGCUUGGACACCAGCAAACGACAAGAAAGCCACUUCUGUUGUUAGAUGUUGGCAUUUAAUGAAGCAGUGGUAUGCAUCUAAGCGGCUAAGGCCUUCAGUUGAUUAUGAGACGUUGAGACAACUGUACGAUAUCAUGAAGAAAACAGGCAAUUUCCCGCUUGGAAUUGAUGUUUUAAGGAGUUUCAAACCGGGGAUCGAAAGAACGAGAGCAGAAAAUGCUGGAAAAGUUAACAAUAUCAUUAUCAAAUACCAAAAAUGUAUUAUUAAGGAGCUUGUAAAUAGAGGUAGAUUUUCAGCGGUAAGGGAAUUCAUUGAUAGUUAUGGUUUUGAUAGAAAAAUGACCAAAGAUUUGAAUAUUUUUUGUGCGAAUCGUAUGUUUCUAAGAAGUAAGAAAAUGAAAAACAAGAUUGAGAACAAAAAGGAAAGGGAGAAAGUGCGGCUAGAUAGUUUCGAUGACGAUGAAGAUGAUGGUAUGAUUAUAGGUAGCCUUUGGUAA